AAGCAAACACCGCACCACACAACCCAUCCACCAGGCCCAAGCUGAUGACAAGGAUUGUUUCUUCCUUUUCUUUUCUUUCUUCUUCCCAAAGUUAUCGACACCCAUUUGCUCAAUUUCCCAUUUCACACACUUGUCUUCUCACAAUCUGACUUCAAACUUGCUCUGUAACUUAGAAUCAAGCUAUGGAGUUCAAUUUUUGGGCCUCAAGAGUUCAUCCUACUGACCAACUUUCCGCUGUUCAAGCUGCCAUGCUUCAUUCUGGUAACCAUAUAAUUCUGGAUGAUUCAGAUGGAGAAGAUGAUUCACGACCUUACUUUUCAUGCCCUUACUGUUAUGUGGAUAUUGAAGUUCAAGUACUUUGUAGCCAUUUGCAAGACGAGCACUGCUUUGACUUCAGAAAUGCAGUUUGUCCUCUAUGUGCAGCCAGUCUAGGAAAAGAUGUAAUUGGGCAUUUUACAGCACAACAUUCAAGCUCAAUAAAGAGGAGGAAAAAACCUGAGAAAUCUGUUUCUUCUGGCUUUAAUUCAAAGAAAGUGAUAACAAAGGGCAGGGAAAAAAGAAAUGGAUCUGCACCUGAUCCCCUUCUACCUUUUAUCUGCAGCAUUCCUUUCUCAGACCAUGAAUCUGGCGAGAGAGACGACCGCUCAGAAAACGAUGCGUCCGUCGCAGUGAACAUCAAAAGUAAUAGUUCACAGUUGCUGGAAAGAAACCAGAACAGUGAAGAGUUGAAUCGGAGAGCAUCUUUUGUACAACAAUUAAUCACAUCAACCAUUUUUUAGGUCUCUUCUCAUCACCUGUGAUUGCUUCUGUGUAGCUGCAGUUAUUAUUCGUCACAAAUUGGUCGGGGGGGAAGUUGUAUCGAUCAUCAUAAUGUUGUAGCACUGGUGCAUGAUUUUGAUAGGGAAAUAUUUCAGAUAUCAAUAGCCAGAAGAAUUAUUUGUGUUCAACUGUCAACAACAUUGUGCCAAAAGCUGCUGUUUCACAUAUACGUAUAUAAAGAUAUAUUAUAUAGAUGUAUAACUGCAAACUUGGUAGAAUCUGGAACUUCUUUAACUAAGUAACAAGAAUAUUAUUACAAAA